GCCGAGCCCCGCUGCGCUUAAAGAGACAAACAGCGAAACCACAGCAAGUUGAGGACGAGGGACGGAGACAAGAGACAGAACCUCCACGAAGACAGAGACUCCAUGACUGUCUGAAGAUAGCCAGUACAUCAAAUCCAUCCGUGGCCCGUCUCUCCCAUCGCUGUGCUCUCUCAACUUUGGUUUGCCUCGUCUUUUGUGGCCCUGCAACAUGGAGACUAACCACGGUGUCACCAAAGGCUGACCAGAAGGAAUGAGGCACUCCAGGAGAUGUUUCCAAAUCGCCUCGUGGAUACAGUAGCUGGAGUUUGGAGUGCUUUUUUAUGACUCGCAUUUUAUGUGCAUCUGUGGGCACAGCAUAGCAUAACCUGCCUAUUCCGCAGGCAGGGAAAUGCUGCUCUGAGACUGGUGCUGGAGACAAGCACAAGGAAGGAGCCCCUCCAGUAGAAGAGGAACACGAAGACAAAAGGGAACCCUCAGCAACAGAGCCGUCUUCAUCGACACACUUCAGCUGUAGUUUGAGCUGGUUUUCUCAAUGGUCUUGUGAACCAUUGCACAUUUUAGCAGCAAACACCUUUCCCCUGUCCUGAUUUAUCUUCCUCCCUCUCUCUGAAGCCUUCUCAGUCACAGUUAUUGGGAUUUCUCUGGUUUGCAUGGCUGGAGAAUAACCGUGGAGAGGCCGGGGUAUCACAAGCUUAUGGAUAUUGACAAGAGAGGGGGCAAGGGAGAGACAGAGGAAGGGAAAAAGAUGUCUAAGACAGCAGGCAGCCGGACUGGACAUGGGGGCCGGAGUUCUGGGACCAAUUCUGGAGUUCUUAUGGUUGGUCCGAACUUCCGUGUGGGCAAAAAAAUUGGCUGUGGGAACUUUGGCGAGCUGCGGCUGGGAAAAAAUCUCUAUACUAAUGAAUAUGUGGCCAUCAAAUUGGAACCUAUAAAGUCGAGGGCGCCACAGCUCCAUUUGGAGUAUAGAUUUUACAAACAGUUAGGAACCUCAGAGGGAAUCCCUCAGGUGUAUUACUUUGGUCCUUGUGGGAAAUACAACGCCAUGGUGCUGGAGCUGCUCGGACCCAGUCUAGAGGACCUGUUCGACCUCUGCGACCGCACCUUCUCCCUCAAGACCGUCCUCAUGAUAGCCAUACAGCUGAUAUCACGGAUGGAGUUUGUCCACACCAAGAGUCUGAUAUACAGAGAUGUGAAGCCAGAGAACUUCCUGGUUGGGCGGCCGGGAAGCAAAAGGCAGCACACCAUUCACAUCAUCGACUUUGGUCUGGCCAAAGAGUACAUCGACCCUGAGACCAAAAAACACAUCCCCUACCGGGAGCACAAGAGUCUGACUGGGACGGCACGCUACAUGAGCAUCAACACACACCUGGGGAAAGAGCAAAGCAGAAGGGAUGAUUUGGAGGCACUGGGUCACAUGUUUAUGUACUUCCUCCGAGGUAGCCUCCCGUGGCAGGGCCUCAAGGCGGACACUUUGAAGGAGCGGUAUCAGAAAAUCGGAGACACCAAACGAGCGACGCCAAUUGAAGUUCUUUGUGAAAGCUUCCCCGAAGAGAUGGCCACCUACCUGCGCUACGUGAGGAGGCUGGACUUCUUCGAGAAGCCUGAUUACGACUACUUGAGAAAGCUCUUCACCGAUCUGUUCGACAGGAACGGCUACGUCUUUGACUACGAGUACGACUGGGUCGGCAAAUCACUUCCCACACCGAUAGGCCCCAUCCCCAGUGACACGCCCCUGCAGCCCAGCAGAGACAAAGCACAACAGCAGACCAAAAACCAGGUGAUGAGCUCAACGAACGGCGAGCUGAACACUGACGACGCCACAGCUGUACACUCCAACGCUCCCAUCACCGCUCCCACCGAGGUCGAAGUGGCGGACGAAACCAAGUGCUGUUGUUUCUUCAAGAGGAGAAAGAGGAAAGCCCUCCAGAGGCACAAGUGAAGAAGAGCACGGAGAGAACUUGAAACAUUGUGGUCACUGUCAAGUUUUAAAUGGAAGCAACUACACAGACCCCCCCCCCUCGCCUCUUCUCUCUUUCCAG